UAACACACACUUCUAUUCAUCUCAGAGGACGCAUGAUCCCCAAGGUAUCAUUCUGAACCAGAGAUCUGGUUGAAUGAAAGCACUUGUUCUGGUGUAGUAGCCGCUUGUAGGGGGCAGCAUGACAAUUGGAGCCCUGCGGAGAGGCCAUGGAGCUCGUCAUAUAUAGAUAGCAUUGCUUCACCUGCAAAGGUACUCGAAGGAAAAGACCCUUUAGCUUGGAGCUGCUUCCAACGUCAAUGCCAGAUCUGUCAGUGCAACAGCACCCAUCUCCCCCAUCUCCCAGUCGCCGCCCCCACCGAUACCCACUCCAGAUUGUCAUAUUUGUUGCUGCGUAGAGCACCGAUUGUUGGGGCGAUAGAUUGGUGUUGGAUUUUAUUAGGGUUUAUGUUGUUCUGGUGAGAUUUUAGUGUUUUCGUUGGAGGUGGGGAAGGUUCUGCUGCUUGAGCCGAAAGCCAACUUGUGAUACACACACACUUCUUCUACUUUUUCUUUUUUGAUUCGAGGGAGAACUUGGGGUUUGACGAUAUGGCAGGUAAUGUAGAUUCUGCAAAGGCACCGCCUGCUCCUUCACCUCUGCGCAUGUCCAAAUUUACAACGGCGAAGAUGAGGAUCUUGAUCACAGGAGGAGCUGGAUUCAUCGGGUCUCACUUGGUCGACAGGCUCAUGGAAGAGGGCACAAACGAAGUUAUCGUUGCUGACAACUUCUUCUCAGGGUCAAAGGAAAACUUAAAAAAAUGGAUCGGUCAUCCAGAUUUUGAGCUCAUUCGACAUGAUGUGACAGAGACAUUAUUUGUUGAAGUAGACCAGAUUUAUCAUCUGGCUUGUCCUGCUUCACCCAUUUUCUACAAGUACAAUGCCGUGAAGACCAUCAAGACAAAUGUGAUUGGUACGCUCAACAUGCUUGGACUCGCUAAACGAGUUGGUGCAAGGAUUCUUCUCACGUCUACCUCUGAAGUUUAUGGAGAUCCUUUGGAGCAUCCUCAGACAGAGGAAUACUGGGGAAACGUAAACCCAAUUGGAGUAAGAAGCUGCUAUGACGAGGGAAAGCGUGUUGCUGAGACUCUUAUGUUUGACUACCAUAGGCAGCAUGGCGUUGAAAUCCGUGUAGCACGAAUUUUUAACACCUAUGGGCCUCGCAUGAAUAUCGACGAUGGGCGAGUAGUCAGCAAUUUUAUUGCUCAAGCAUUAAGAGGGGAGACGAUGACGGUGCAGGCUCCAGGCACUCAAACUCGUAGUUUUUGCUACGUCUCUGAUAUGGUAGAUGGUUUGUACCGGCUUAUGAAUGGAGACCAUACUGGGCCUAUCAAUAUCGGCAACCCAGGGGAGUUCACCAUGUUGGAGCUUGCUGGCUUAGUCAAGGAGCUGAUCGAGCCUUCUGCGGAGACUAAAAUCGUUGAGAACACUCCCGAUGAUCCUCGUAAGCGGAAACCAGACAUCACUAAGGCUACUAAGCUUCUUGGGUGGGACCCUAAGGUGACACUGCGUGAGGGCCUGCCUUUGAUGGCAGCAGAUUUUAAGGAGAGACUGACGGGCUUGAAGGCAUGAGAGAGGAGAGCAAGGAAUGGCGUUGAUGGGGGUGAAAGGGGAGAACCACUCACAAACACUACAUUGAAUUUUUCUCAUUAUUUUUUGGCCACGUUAUUCUAGGUCUUUUUUGAGUUUAGUGGUGAGUUGAGACAAAUAUUUGCUGCUUGUGGCUGGCUGCUUGAAUCUAUCUGGCAAGGCAUUCAAAUGUGCGCAUCAGCAACCUGUACUUGUGCUCAGAAUAAUUUAGUCCUGCAAAUAUCAUCGUUUUAAAUAA